AAGAUGGCUGCUUCCACGGGCAUUAGCAAAGGCGCUGCGCUCAGUAAAGCAGAUUAUCUUAAACGUUAUUUAUCAAACGAUGAAGCUGAUAAAAAGUCUAAAGAAAAGAAGAUUAAGAAGAAGCGACCAAAACCUUCUGGAAAAGGGAUGAAAAUUGUGGAUGACGAUAUUGACUGGAGGCAAUUGGCGGCUCGCGAAGAAGAAAAUAAAGAAGAGGAAGAAGAAGAUGAGGCGCCUGUGGUUGCAGAAGUGAUAGAUGAGCGCCCUGAUGAGAUUAAGCAGUUUGAGGCGUUCAAAACCAGCAAGUGGAGAGUGAUGGGUGCAACGGGAGAAGAUGAGGAAUCUGCGCUCAAUAGAAGCCCAGACACUGAUAGAAGUCAUAGUCUGCGACAUGAUUCACCAGAGGGAUCUCCUGUCCGAAAAGUGCGUCACGAUUCCCCUGACCUCUCACCCAAAAGGGCUCGCCAUGACUCUCCUGACCUCUCACCUCCAAAAAGAGGUCGCCACGACUCUCCUGACCUCUCACCUCAAAGACACAGAACGGAGAACAAAAACAGACGGCACGACUCCUCGUCACCUUCUCCUCCAAGACCGAGCCACAAAAGCUCGCCCUCCAGAACUCAAAGGCAUCAUGACAAAGGGUCCACACAUGGAAAAAAGGUGAAAGGCUCUUCUUCAGGUAAUCUUUCGCCGCCCAGGAGACGAGACCGGACAGGCAAAGGCUCAGACUCUGAUCAGUCUCCACCCCGCAGGCGUCCUCAUGGGCAACGAGUUUUAGACUCUGAUCUGUCUCCACCCAGAAAGAGAGGCCAGAGUGGUGGAAGUUCAGAUACAGAUCUUUCUCCUCCCAGGAAGAGGGCGCAGGGGGGGCGGGGCUCAGAUUCAGAUCUGUCUCCACCACGGAGGACACGCUCUCCUGAUGGACAGGCCGCCCCUCGAAUGCUGUCCGGCGGCGCUGCAGGUCUCGUCUCUGUGGACAUUUUAAGGAAAGAACAGGAAGACAUUCGUAGAAGGGAAAGGCGCAACCAGCCUCUAGAAGAGGCAUCCAGAAAUGCGGAGACAAUAUUUCGAGACAAGUCUGGCCGGAAACGUAACCUUGAGUCAGAAAAAGCUGAGCUUAGUCAGAAAGCUUCAGAGAAGGCUGAGAAGGAUGAAAAAUAUGCACAAUGGGGAAAAGGUCUUGCCCAGGGUGAAAUGCAGGAGCAGAACGUGAUUGAUGCCAUACGGGAAGCUGAGAAGCCCCUAGCGAGACACAUUGAUGAUGAAGACCUCGAUCGUAUGCUACGAGAGCAAGAGAGAGAAGGAGACCCAAUGGCAGCAAUGCUUCGCAAGAAGAAAGACAAAACUGCUAAAUUAAAAGGAGUCAAAGAAAAACCUUGUUACAAGGGUCCACCCCCACCUCCAAACCGUUUUAACAUUAUGCCAGGCUAUCGGUGGGAUGGAGUUGACAGGUCCAACGGUUUUGAGCAGAAGCGAUACUCCAGAAUGGCCGAUAACAAAGCUGUCCAGGAGAUGGCGUACAAGUGGAGUGUUGAAGACAUGUGAUCUUCCUGAAGAUGCAGACUUGUGUACAGAGAAUUUAAAAUCUGACAUCAAUGACAGUUGUACAGUUCCCACUGCACCAGCAAAUGCUGUCAAGUGGAAGUUUUUGUGCGCCAUCAUAAACCGGGACGUCAGAUCAAAAAGCAACCUUUUGUUCAAGUUUAUCAAUCCUACUAAGAAACAUACCUUCCUUAUUAAAUGCUACUUUUUUACCAAA